GUGUGAUUGUGAGCUUGUGUGCUUGUGUGGUUGGGGGUCCUUCCUGGAGGAGGCACCUAGGUUGAGGGCCCCAGGCCGGGAAUGGGGUGGGGCCUGUCGUCAAGGAAGGGACUCAGCCCUGGAGGUUUCUGUGAGAGCUCAAGCCACAGGAGCCACAAGAUAAGAGGAGUGUGGCUGCAGAACCCAGGUGGCAGGCCUUUCCUCAGGCCCCUUACUCCUGACCUGGACGAGGCCGGGGCUUCCUCAAGGAGGUAGGAGGUAUCCUGGCCAGCAGAUCAGCCAGAAGCUCUAGGAGGAAGGUGCUGCGGCCGGGGACCCUGCUGCCCUAGACAAGACUUCAUUUCCUUCCAUGCAGAUGGCUAUGCUCUCUGACUGCCACCCCUGCCUGCCUGCCCGGCCCUGCACAACAUGCAGCCCUCCGGCCUCGAGGGUCCCGGCACGUUUGGUCGGUGGCCUCUGCUGAGUCUGCUGCUCCUGCUGCUGCUGCUCCAGCCUGUAACCUGCGCCUACACCACGCCAGGCUCCCCCAGAGCCCUCACCACGCUGGGCGCCCCCAGAGCCCACACCAUGCCGGGCACCUACGCUCCCUCGACCACACUCAGUAGUCCCAGCACCCAGGGCCUGCGAGAGCAGGCACGGGCCCUGAUGCGGGACUUCCCGCUCGUGGACGGUUCUGGUCAGCCUAUGUGCCAUGCCAGACCCAGGACCGGGAUGCCCUGCGCCUCACCCUGGAGCAGAUUGACCUCAUACGCCGCAUGUGUGCCUCCUAUUCUGAGCUGGAGCUUGUGACCUCGGCUAAAGCUCUGAACGACACUCAGAAAUUGGCCUGCCUCAUCGGUGUAGAGGGUGGCCACUCGCUGGACAAUAGCCUCUCCAUCUUACGUACCUUCUACAUGCUGGGAGUGCGCUACCUGACGCUCACCCACACCUGCAACACACCCUGGGCAGAGAGCUCCGCUAAGGGCGUCCACUCCUUCUACAACAACAUCAGCGGGCUGACUGACUUUGGUGAGAAGGUGGUGGCAGAAAUGAACCGCCUGGGCAUGAUGGUAGACUUAUCCCACGUCUCAGAUGCUGUGGCACGGCGGGCCCUGGAAGUGUCACAGGCACCUGUGAUCUUCUCCCACUCGGCUGCCCGGGGUGUGUGCAACAGUGCUCGGAAUGUUCCUGAUGACAUCCUGCAGCUUCUGAAGAAGAACGGUGGCGUCGUGAUGGUGUCUUUGUCCAUGGGAGUAAUACAGUGCAACCCAUCAGCCAAUGUGUCCACUGUGGCAGAUCACUUCGACCACAUCAAGGCUGUCAUUGGAUCCAAGUUCAUCGGGAUUGGUGGAGAUUAUGAUGGGGCCGGCAAAUUCCCUCAGGGGCUGGAAGACGUGUCCACAUACCCGGUCCUGAUAGAGGAGUUGCUGAGUCGUGGCUGGAGUGAGGAAGAGCUUCAGGGUGUCCUUCGUGGAAACCUGCUGCGGGUCUUCAGACAAGUGGAAAAGGUACAGGAAGAAAACAAAUGGCAAAGCCCCUUGGAGGACAAGUUCCCGGAUGAGCAGCUGAGCAGUUCCUGCCACUCCGACCUCUCACGUCUGCGUCAGAGACAGAGUCUGACUUCAGGCCAGGAACUCACUGAGAUUCCCAUACACUGGACAGCCAAGUUACCAGCCAAGUGGUCAGUCUCAGAGUCCUCCCCCCACAUGGCCCCAGUCCUUGCAGUUGUGGCCACCUUCCCAGUCCUUAUUCUGUGGCUCUGAUGACCCAGUUAGUCCUGCCAGAUGUCACUGUAGCAAGCCACAGACACCCCACAAAGUUCCCCUGUUGUGCAGGCACAAAUAUUUCCUGAAAAUAAAUGUUUUGGACAUAGAAA